AUGGCCCCCGGCAACUUCCAUAUUCCUUCAACGCACUCCCGCCUGAAAUGGUCCCGCACAACCCCGCCUCAGAUCACCAUCUCCCCGGGCGACACGGUAACCUUUGACCUUCACGACUCCUCGGGCGGCCAAGUCACCCGGACCUUUACAACCUCCGAAUUCGCGUCCCUGGACCUCUCCACGUUUGACCCAAUCUUCGGCCCGGUCGCCAUCUCCGGCGCCGUGCCCGGCGACGUCCUCGAGAUCGAGAUCCUCUCCCUCACCACCGCCGGCUGGGGCUUCACCGGCAUUAUUCCUGGCUUCGGCCUGCUCACCGACGAGUUUCCGAACCACGUGCUGAAACACUACACCUGGGCUCCCGACGCAACGCACAUCGACUUCGCUCCCGGGAUCAAGAUCCCACUCCGCCCUUUCCUCGGGUGGGCCGGCAUCGCCCCGGCCGAAGAGGGCGACUUCUCCACCAUCCCACCCCUCGAGACUGGCGGCAACAUGGACUGCCGGCACAUCACCCAGGGCACGAAGCUCUACCUGCCCGUGCGCGUCCCGGGCGCCAUGUUCUCCUGCGGGGACGGCCACGCGGCGCAGGGCGACGGCGAGGUCUGCGGCACGGCCAUCGAGACGCCGAUGAAGGCCGCGCUGCGGUUCAACAUCCGCAAGGACAUGCCGUACGUCACGAGCCCGCACUACGACACGCGGGGCUCGGUGCAUGGCGGCGCGCAGAGCGACCCGGCGGUGUACGCGGUGCUGGGGAUCGAUUCGGAUCUGCUAGAGGCGAGCAGGAAGGCGUUGAGGUCGCUGAUUGCGCAUCUUGUCGCAACGCGGGCCUAG